GGUCGGCCGAUGCUUACCCUUCACCUAAUUCUACUCCAACUCCCCUCGGGAAGAAUCUCACUCCUACUCGGAUGGGGGAAGCAGAAGCAGGGCAUCGUCACCGAUUUGCUCCGCCGCAUCGACGGCGUAUAUAAUCCCAGCUCUUAUCUUUCUCCCCCUGUCUCGCCAGAUCCCUAUCCAAUGGAGGAACCGACGGCGGCCGGCCCCGACUGGUCAAAGCUGCCGCCGGACGUCCUCACCACCGUCCUCGGCGACCUCGAGUUCCCGGAUCUAUUCCGCGCCGCCGACGUCUGCACCGCCUGGCGGGCCACCGCCCGCGCCCUCCGUCGCCUCGGGAUCUACAGCCGCCCCCAAACCCCCUGCCUCCUCUACACCACCGCCGCCGCCGGCCCCCGCGCCGCCGAGCUCUUCAGCCUCGCCGACAAGAAGGCCUACAGGGCGCGCCUCCCGGACCCUCCCAUCGGGGAGCGCAACAUCAUCGGCUCCUCGUACGGGUGGCUCGUCACCGCCGACGCCCGCUCCGAGCUCCACCUCCUCAACCCCGCCACCGGCGAGCAGGUCGCGCUCCCCUCCGUCGCCACCAUCGAGCAGGUAAGCCCCAUCCUCGACCGCCAAGGCAACCUUGAAAGGUACCAUCUUUCUCUCCAUGGGGAUGAUCCGCAGCCCUAUGGGGUGGACGAGCUCCGCGGAGUCCUCUAUCUCAAGGCCGUGCUGUCCUGCGAUCCCGCAUUGGGGGAUUGCACGGUCGUGCUGAUUCACAAUCCCUAUAGGGAUCUCUCGUUUGCGAGGGUCGGCGAUGACAAGUGGCACUGGAUACCUUCGGCACCUCGUGAACCGCCGCGGUACUCAGACUGCAUAUUUGGCGAUGAUGGUGCGCUCUACGCCAUGGAUCUCCUCGGCGGGAUGUAUCGCUAUGCCAUCCAAGGUUCUUGUGCCACCCGGGAUAUGAUUUUCAAGGAAACUUCGCCAUUCGUGGCAUAUAAUGGAUACCUAUCCAAGACAUCAUGUGGCAGUGUGCUGCAAAUAUGGAGGGUCAAGAGGAAAACAAGGGGGGAGCAAGAAGAGAUGCAUACAGUUGAUAUUGAGGUGUACAUGACUGACCUUGACAAGCAGCAGAUAGUUCGUGUGCGGACGUUGGGGGAUUACGCGUUGUUCAUCGGGCACAACUAUACUUGUUGCCUUUCCACACAGGACUACCCAGGGCUUCUGCGGAACCAUGUCUAUUUUACGGACGAUGACGAGUAUUGGCUGAUAGAUUCGAAAGACAAUCGUCGGGAUGUUGGAAUACUAGAUUUGGAGGAUUUAAGUGCCACUGAUGUUGUAUCUCCUCAACCAUGGUUGAAUUGGCCAAUUCCCGUAUGGAUCACUCCAAGUUUUAAUAAGAUCCAUAAAUAGGUCUCGGAAGAGAAUGCUCUUGCUUGUCAUAAAUAAUUUACUCCAGAACUAUUCUGGUGUAGUUGUUCUGCGAAGAAGACAGUAUGUUUGUGGGAAGAGAAUGCUCUUGCUUGUCAUAAAUAAUUUACUCCAGAAAUAGUCUGGCGUUUCUGCAUAUCCUGGCCUGUGAAGAAGACAUAGUAAUGAUUGUACUAUAAUUUAGCUUCAAAAAAUUUGUAUGCGCAGUGAACAUGAGGACAAUUGUGCCACUUAGCUGUCAAUUGUUACUUGGAAAAUAGCUGCAAGAGAUUGUCUUGGUGCUGCAUAGAGAAAAUGCAUGUUGGAUCCGUUUUUAAUUGGCAGUCAUGUGCUGAGUUGCAGUGUA